AUGGCGAAUGAGACGGUGGAUGUGGAAUUGGCUAGUGCCGAAAGGACAAGGCCCAGCGAUGAUAGUAAGCGUAAUGAUGAUGAUGAUGCCAUGGGAGGUGUAACGGACUCCUCAGAGUACGUGGAAAUGUGGAUUGAUUUGUUUCUGGGGCGUAAAGGACAUGAGUAUUUCUGCGACGUGGAUCCCGAAUAUAUCACUGACAGGUUCAACCUGAUCAACUUGCAAAAGACCGUAUCAAAGUUUACACAAGUGGUACAGUAUAUCGUAGAUGAAUUGGACGAGUUUGUACUGGAGGGUAUGUCUCAUGCGCGUUUGGAACAACUAGAGAGCGAUGCUCGUAAAUUUUAUGGGCUCAUUCAUGCCCGUUACAUUAUUACCGUGAAAGGUCUGAGUAAGAUGCUAACGAAAUACAAGAGUGCAGAUUUCGGCAGAUGCCCCCGAGUGUACUGCAAUUGUCAACCUCUACUGCCUGUUGGGCUGCACGAUGUGCCCGGAAUCGAUUGCGUAAAGCUCUACUGUCCAUCAUGCGAAGAUUUGUACAUUCCAAAGUCAUCUAGACAUAGCACCAUCGAUGGAGCAUAUUUCGGGACCAGUUUCCCCGGUAUGUUCCUCCAGGCGUUCCCAGAAAUGGUACCGGACCAUCCGGUCAAAAGAUACGUUCCCAGGAUUUUUGGAUUCGAACUACAUAAGCAAGCCCAAUUGGCCCGUUGGCAAGAAUUGCAAAGGCUCAAAUUGGUCGCUAAACUUGGUGAAGAGAAUUUAAAUGCGCUCAAUAGAGGUGGCUACAAAAAAUGA